UGUGAACCUAGAACACGUCAGCCUUCCGCACGUGUCACUCCUCCUCCGUGACACUUUUUAUAUAGUCUCUCUCGUCUCGCUUCUAAUUUUCACUGCCGGUCUCUACUUUUUCAUGAACUUCAGCCAAAAGUAUCUCUGAAAGAGCUUCCGCUGCAGGAAAAGGAAGUUUGUCCCUCUCCGGCUGCUGAGGAUAGCAGGGGCUGUUCUCUGCCGAUGGAGUCCUGUGAUUGUUUUGACACACAAGGGCACCAGGAUGAACUCUUAGUUAGAUAUCAGUACAUCUCGGAUGUGCUGAUUGCUGUUGCAUACUUCUCCAUUCCUCUGGAGCUUAUAUAUUUUGUGCAGAAAUCCGCUUUUUUCCCUUACAGGUGGGUGCUCAUGCAGUUUGGCGCUUUCAUUAUCCUUUGUGGCGCGACCCACUUCAUAAAUCUAUGGAUGUUUUUCAUGCACUCCAAAGCUGUUGCAGUUGUGAUGACUAUCGCAAAAGUUUCGUGUGCAAUCGUGUCAUGUGCUACAGCAUUGAUGCUUGUUCACAUAAUCCCUGAUCUUUUGAGCGUCAAGAUACGGGAAUCAUUUCUGAAAAGAAAAGCGGACGAGCUUGACAGAGAAAUGGGCCUUAUUCUAACCCAAGAGGAGACAGGGAGGCACGUAAGGAUGCUGACUCAUGAAAUCAGAAGCACCCUUGACAGACACACUAUUCUCAGAACCACACUUAUCGAGCUCGGUAGAACUCUUGACCUGGAGGAAUGUGCAUUAUGGAUGCCGUCUCAAAGUGGUCUGAAUAUGCAGCUUUCCCACACGUUGAACUACAAAAUACAAGUAGGGGCCAGUGUUCCUAUAAGUCUUCCGAUAAUCAACGAACUUUUUAAUAGCGCUCAGGCAAUGCAUAUACCUCAUACGUGUCCUUUGGCUAAAAUUGGACCUCUUAUUGGGAGAUACACUCCACCGGAGGUUGUUGCUGUUCGUGUACCUCUUUUGCAUCUCUCAAAUUUCCAAGUCAGUGAUUGGUCUGAUCUCUCUGGAAAAGGUUAUGCUGUCAUGGUCCUGAUUCUCCCCGCAGAUGGUGUUAGAAAAUGGCGAGAUCAUGAAUUGGACCUUGUUGAAGUCGUGGCAGAUCAGGUGGCUGUGGCUCUCUCACAUGCUGCAAUUCUGGAGGAAUCAAUGCACGCUCGGGACCAGCUAAUGGAGCAAAAUUUUGCUUUAGAUAAGGCUCGUCAAGAGGCGGAGAUGGCUGUACAUGCUCGGAAUGAUUUCCUAGCUGUCAUGAAUCACGAGAUGAGGACUCCAAUGCAUGCCAUUAUCUCGCUGUCGUCACUUCUCAUGGAGACUGAGCUGUCCCCAGAGCAAAGAGUCAUGAUCGAGACAAUACUGAAAAAUAGCAACCUUGUGGCCACUCUCAUCAGUGACGUUCUGGAUCUUUCCAGACUAGAAGACGGGAGCUUAGUUUUGGAAAAUGAACCAUUCAAUCUCCAGGGGGUCUUUGGAGAGGUAAUCUCUCUAAUAAAGCCCAUCGCGUCAGUGAAGAAACUUUCAACAAAUUUGAUUCUGUCGGCCGACUUACCAGUUUAUGCAGUUGGAGAUGAGAAACGCCUGAUGCAAACAAUUCUUAAUAUAAUGGGAAACGCCGUGAAAUUCACCAAGGAUGGAUAUGUCUCCAUCGUAGCUUCUAUCUUGAAACCGGAGUCCUUGAGAGAUUGGCAAUCCCCAGAAUUCUAUCCAGUCCCAAGUGACAACCACUUCUAUUUAUGCGUACAGGUGAAGGAUACAGGGUGUGGUAUACACCCGCAAGAUAUACCCUAUCUGUUCACAAAGUUUGUGCAGCCACAUACAGGAUCACACAGAAACCAAGCUGGUGGAGGGCUGGGACUCGCCCUCUGCAAGCGAUUCGCGGGGCUAAUGGGAGGACACAUAUGGAUAGAGAGCGAGGGGCUGGAGAAAGGAUGCACGACUUCCUUCAUCAUCAGGCUCGGAGUAUGCAACGCUCCUCCGACCAAUUCACCCGCACUCCGCCUGGCCGUCAAAUCUCAGAGCAGGCAGUUGAACUGGUGAUCUGAGAUAUACAGAGACUUCUUUUACGAAACCUCCGUCUGGAAAAGACCUUAUUUAACUACGUAACGGUACGGUGAGUAAGUGAGCUCAUACGCAAAUGAAACGGGAAGCACUCGGAACCUUGGGACUGGUAGUGUUUUUACGCAACUUAUGGUUUUGUUGUUGUUGUAAAUAACUAAUCCGAUUGACAGGACAAGGGUUGUAUUGUCACCAUGAUUGGACAAUCCGAAUAUUAUACCUUAAUAAGUGUUUUCAGGUGAAUAUAAGUUUACAACGAUCGACCCGUUUA